AGCCAAUGAAGAUCCAUGUCGUCACACACCCGGAAGUCAUGUUCGUCGAGUCCGAUCGAGCCUAGUACCGGCUUCUCGAAGUUGCAUCUUAUCCCACGGCAGCGCUUUCUCCGGGACGCACAAGAGAUGCUUCUCCUGGUACUGUUUGCCCUCCUCCUGCUCUUCUGCAACCUGGAUGUGUGGUACUUCUUGCGUGGGGCCCUGGUGUUCUUCGAGGCAUGGUUCCAGCCAACAAUAGGGGACAUACUGGCCGAACAAAGCUUUGAUGGCAUGGUCCUUCCACAUGAUUUAGACUACUUGGGGCACAUGAACAAUUCUCGAUAUUUGAGGGAGUGUGACUUUGCUCGCUUCCACCACUACAUGAGAAACGGGCUGUUCAUGGCCUCACGCAAAUUAGGGGCCAAGUUGGUCGUAGGUGCCUCCACCAUUCGUUAUCGCCGCUCUUUGGCCUUCAAAGAGGUUUUUGAGAUUCGCACCAAAGUGCUUGGCUGGGAUGAGAAGGCCUUUUACUUGGAGCAGCGCUUUGUGUCCAAGAAAGAUAGUUUUGUAUCUGCAGUCAUGCUUUGUAGACAGAAUGUGGUAGGCACCAGCCCAGAGACCAUUAUUGAAUAUAUCUGCAAAAAGAAGAUUGAGUGCCCAGAGUUUCCAGAGGAGCUGAAACACUGGAUCAGCUUCAUUUCAGCCAGCAGCCAGGCACUGAGAGCAGAAAGCGGACUGGAACAUAAGAACAAGUGAAACCACACCAGGACAUCAUGUAUUAUGUGUGUAGACCCAAUCAUAGCAUUGCACAAACACAUACAUCCUACAUUCACACUGAAACAGUCAUUAUGUUUUAGCUGACUUCAACUAUACCUCCAGUUUGGUUUGCUUGUUCUUGCUGUGUGUGGUUUUUGUUUGAUGUGCAAUUCUAAAUGUAUGACAGCUAAAUAUUAAAACUUGAACUGUGUGAAAUGAAAAGAAACCUGAACCCUGAUCGUAGCUUUAGCUUCACAACUUACCAAGUAGCUGACUGAGAGAAGAUGGAUUUCAGACUCUCUUCAUUCUUAUUUAGGCAAAUUAUUUAUUCUGACGUUAGCAUGUGGCGCAGAAGACGAUCUGUCACUGAGACCAGUGCAUGUUUUAAAACAAUCAAAAUAUUUUUCAAGCUUGUUUAUUAUAGAGUUAUAACUUUUAACUAAAAUGAUGUGUAAUGAAAAACUUGAAUGGCUAUACUGAGCAUGUACUGACAGAUAUUUUAUUCCAGUCAGUAUUUUGAACAGGUUAAUAUUGCCUGUUAACGAUCUGAAAGGGAAAACUUCAUUAUGAAGAAUAUAUUUACCCGCACUUUACUGUUCUUUUAUAAAUUAGAAAGGAAAAAAAGCUAUUUAAGUAGAUGGCAUCUUGAUUGGAUCUGCAUGUGAUUUUUGAGCGAAUGUCUUUGAAUUCUGAUUGGCAGGUGGAAAAGGCUGAUAUGAGGUUGCUGGCAACUUUACAAAACCUGCAACGCACAAUAAAAACCGAAUGUUUGAGUCCUGUUAUUGAGAGAAUAGUUCAAAAUGCUCAUCCAUGCAUCGGAGCUUUCUGUUGUGACCAAAGUAAUGUAUGAUUGUUUGUUAGGGAUAUUAGACUUUUGAAAUUGUGGUCCAGUCUGUUAUGUAAUUAUUUUGUCAUUGCACUGACUAAACUAUUCUCUAAAACUACUGAAGUUAUGAACUGUAUUUACUUUCCACUGAACUGUCUUUGAUUUAUGUAAACUGAUUUAUUUAUCAAACAUUGUGUUUGUUAAUCUUAAUGCAUUUUAAAUUAAAAAAAGAAAUUCUA